UUCUCCACUGGUGCCAGUGAUGGAGAACGAAACGUGGAUGCACCCGUCACAUAUCCCCCAUUAUCUCCUUCAUGGUGACCCCUUCGCCUCCAGGCUCUCCAGAGAAGCAGACAUUGUUGCAGCUUUUUACAUCUGUAUCAUAGGGAUCAUGUCUGCCACAGGGAAUGGCUAUGUCAUUUAUAUGACCAUCAAACGCAAGACCAAGUUGAAGCCUCCUGAGCUCAUGACUGUUAAUCUAGCCAUCUUCGACUUUGGCAUUUCAGUGACAGGAAAGCCCUUCUUCAUCGUCUCUAGUUUCUCCCACCGCUGGCUGUUUGGCUGGGAGGGUUGCCGUUUCUAUGGCUGGGCAGGCUUCUUCUUUGGCUGCGGAAGCCUCAUCACAAUGACGGUGGUCAGUCUGGACCGAUACCUGAAGAUCUGCCAUCUCAGCUACGGAACGUGGCUGAAACGUCACCACGCCUUCCUGUGUCUGGCAUUUGUGUGGGCGUAUGCAGCGUUCUGGGCCACCAUGCCCCUGGUUGGCUGGGGAAACUAUGCACCCGAGCCCUUCGGGACUUCCUGUACGUUGGACUGGUGGCUCGCACAAGCUUCUGUCGCAGGCCAGAGCUUCGUCAUGUCCAUCCUCUUCUUCUGUCUCAUCCUUCCAACAGGCAUCAUCGUCUUCUCAUAUGUGAUGAUCAUCUUUAAGGUCAAGUCCUCCGCCAAGGAGAUUUCAAACUUUGAUGCCCGCAUCAGAAACAGCCACAACCUUGAGAUGAAACUUACAAAGGUGGCAAUGUUGAUCUGCGCAGGCUUUUUGAUAGCCUGGAUCCCAUAUGCAGUUGUGUCAGUGGUGUCGGCGUUUGGUGAGCCAGACUCGGUGCCCAUUCCCGUGUCUGUUGUUCCCACUCUUCUCGCCAAGUCCUCCGCCAUGUACAACCCCAUCAUCUACCAGGUUGUGGACUUGAAAAAUUCCUGCACAAAGUCCUCCUGUUUUAAGGCUUUGACGAAACGCCGACAUUUUAGAAAGUCAAGGUUCUAUACCAUCUCUGGAUCCUUGAAGGACACUCCAGCUGCCAAAGAAGCUCACAUUGAGUUAUGAGACAGACACUUAAGACUGAGUGACCCUCUUGCCUCUGUGCUUUGGACCGUUGGCCUUGUUUCCCGCCCUUUGUGCCGUUCCCAAUCACAUGCUGCCUGUCACCAGCUAUGACACUGUCGACCUCUCCUCCUUGUUGCCAAUGGUUAUGAAGUAUGCCUGUUUUUGCACCAGUGCUGGACCUUUGUGUGCUUCCUGCAGAUCCCCACUACAUCUUUCCUGGAAACACGUUCCCCGUGGAGUUACAUUGUCCUAGCAGUGGUUAAACAUACAAGUGAUGUGUUGUGUGAGCUUCUUGAUCUCAUUUUUCAGUGUUUUGAACAUGUGUUCUGUCAGUAUGAUAUAAAAAAAGCACCGAACAUUAGUCUCCUGCUAUAACUACAGUCGUUGUCAAUAUAUACCUAAACUCAGGUUUGAAAGCUUGAGAAGUUUCCAACCAAAGUCAAAUCACUCCUGGAGCUAUAACUUUUAUCAGUCUGUCUGUAACGUGACAAAAUUAGUCCAUUUUGAAGUUUGGAUUUUAUUAAAACUGCAGAAUGAUGCUUAAAACCUGCCUGACGGUGCACUAGAAUCAGGUUAAGGCUCAUUUAUGCUCUGUGUCUCAUACACACAUGGAUAUGGCUAUACUCUGCAUGCAUUUCUUCAGUCUUUCAACAUGAUUCCUGGCUCCUUAUGGCAGCGGUUCUCAACGUUCGGGUCAGGACCCCAUUGUCCGAAACACUUGAGAGGGGGUCUCCAGAUACCAUGAAAAACUAGAAAAACACUCAGAGUGCAGAGCUCUGCCAUU